UAUUCAUCACAGCUUCUUCUUUCUCUCAGCAAGCUCUGUGUACCAUCUGGAUAAUUGCUUCGAGUUUGCUUUUCAGUCACAAUAGUUUCUGAUCUGUUGAUCUUCUUCUACUUCUUGUUCUUUAACUUCAGAAUCUUUCUUGGCUUCUUCAACUCUCUGUUAGAUCUAUCUUGCUUGUGUCUGGAUCCUUCCUUGUCUAUGGGCAAUCGUUGCUGCUGCUGUUGUUCUUCAUCUUUAAUGAGUUUGUGUAUUUUAUUUGAAUGACCACUUUGAUUUUUCUCAUCUCCAGUCACUGUAUGGUUCGUUGUUUUCUUCUUAUAUAUUCGUGUUCUUAAACCAUCAUUCCUGUUUGUAUGAUCUCUCGAGUCCCACUAAUCAUUGUUGUUGUUGUUUUGAAGGAAAAAAAAAAAAAAAACAGACAAACUCUGUUCUCUUCAUGCAGAUCAUUUUUGAUUUCUCUCUAGGGGGACCUGUUCAUCAAUUGUUGAUAUUCUAUGUCUUCAUUUAGCGUUGAAAAUUAAAACAAAAAAAACAAAAAAAGGGAAAAAACCGAGAAGGAGAAGGAGAAGGGAGGCAUUCCCAAUAAAAGCAAAACGUGUGGGAAAGGUGUUGAAACUUGAAAUCACAGCAUAAGAGAUUAAGUAUGUAUAUUCUGAUGCUUUACAUUAUUAUUCUUCAGAACAUGUCUCAUCACUGUCUGUGCACCUCGUAGUUGAACAGUUGAUAAUAAGACAGAGCUUGAAUAACAAGGCCAUUUCAGCUAAAGUAUUGUUACUUCCCAAAUCCUUCACACUUCUCCUUGCCUUCGACAAAACUUUUCAGUUAUUGUUCAGAUGUUAAGAGAAGUGCCAGAGAAGGCUAUAAAGAGGAAUUGGCCAAGAGCAGACCAAAAUAAUGGUUCACCAAAUGUAUAUUAAGGAAAUAACAGGGGCAAGUGAAGAAAGUCCAAAAUCAAAGGAAGCUAUGAAAGCUAAUGAAACCAAUGAUUCAGAAGAAUGCAACAAACUAGCAGCAUUUGGUGGUCCUUCACAAAUUGAAUCUCCACAAGUAACAUUAUCAUCUUUUACAGUACUAGAUGAAUCAAUUUAAUUUACGCGGGUUUGUGAGUAUUCAAACGCGUUCAUGUAAAGUGAAAGAGGACUUCAUUUGCAUCCUAAGGAUCAGCAAUCAAAGCCAUCAGAUUCUUCCUCCCGUAAAGCCUCUUCUCAAGUCCCUUCAAUAUCUGUUGAUGUGAAGUCUCAAACAGCCAUUUCAAAUAUUCAUAGAGAUCCAAGCAAUAUUUCAAAAUCAAAUCCACCAGAUGUGUCCUCUAAUACAAUAUCUCCACAAGUUUCCUCAAUAUCUAAUGAUUUGAAACCUCAAAGUAUCACUUCAACUCUUCACACAGAUCCAAGUGGUUCAAAAUUAAAACCAUCAGACAUUUCCUCUAAAACAACAUCUGUACAGGGUCCAAUCUCGUUCAAUCAAGCAGAGACUUGCACUGAAGAGAUGAUCUUGUUAGAUUGCUUCGCAUGAUGAAGGAGCGAGGCAUGGAAGUUGUAAUGCCUUGUGUUCCUGAAAUUGUUGCUUUUGAUGAUGACAAAUUGGGUGAGGCCUUUGCAAACUUAGAGUCCUCAAUGAAGAUGGAUCUAAAUCAGAUAGCCAUCUCAGAAGAACACAUUCAUCGUCAUCGUCUGGAGAUUGCCCUCACCUUCCUCUCCAUCUACUGUUCUGAUAACGGACCUCUCUUUCAUGGCCUUAGACUCAAAAUAGACUCUCUCCAUCAUGAAAUCCGAACUACCAUGUCUUCCUUCAAGCAAGCUUCUGCUACACUUGACACACUCAACAAGCUUGAAGAAAAAGAGAAGCUAGUGGAUGAAAAAUAUUCUCAACAAAUGGAGGCAGCCAUUAACCUUGUCUCUGAAAUUUCCAACACCAAGAAGGGUAUGGCUGAGCUGAAGGAGGAGAUCUUGCAAGCUCAACUGAAUAGCAAAGAGAAGGAAUUCAAAGGCUAUGAGGUCAAAUUCUCAUCUCUUGAACAGCAAAAGGAGGAGCAAGUUUCAGACACCAUGGGAUUGAUGGAGGAGUACGAGGUUGUGAAGAAAGACAAGUCACGUGUGGUGGAAGGCCAAACAAAAGCAAGGCGAGAAGUGGAGAAAGUGAAGAAUGAUUGGCCUUCCUGUGUGGCCAAUUUGAGGAAAACUACACUUCUGCUGGCAAUCCUCCUCAAACGGAAGCUUUAAAGUUCUGGAGAUGACCAUUAUUUUCACUUUAAUUGGUUCAUAGUGAUGACUACAAAUUAGAGUUGGGUAAACAAUUGUUGAAGACUCAAUGUUUGUGCAUUUGAUCAGAACUCUUUUAGCUCUUGAAUGAGCUCUCUGGACUCUGUCAUAGGUUCAUGAUAUCCCAAAAUAAUCACCACGACGUUUAAAGAGAGGUUAACCAGAAUCCAGGUUCAGAGGUCGAGCAAGUAUUUUGAUAUGGGAAUAGAAUAGAAUAGGUCAUGAUUCAUGAAGGAACUGAUUUUAAAGAAUUGCAAGCUUGGUUUUGUAUUAUAUGAUCAUUCUGACGAAUCUGUUGAGAAAUCUUCUGACAAUUUUUUUCCAUAAACCU